UUGAGUUGAACUGAUCAAUUCACUUUAUUACAAUGGCGCAAUUUCUGACUGGGUUGUCCGUGUGGACAGCGGCUCUUUAUCUUAUUCUGAGGGUUUAUAGUACUCCAUCGGUGGCAGUGUAUUCUGCUGUUUAUCUUAUCACCUCGUCUUUAUAUACUGUCCUAUUUAUCUCGUGGAGGACUAUUGCUAGAAAACGUGCGAGUGUGUUUAAACAUCUUCCAAAACCAAAGAAUGGCGACAUCCUCUUCCAACACGCACGCGCCGUCUUCGACGAACCCAUCGGCGUCCAACUGACAGAAUGGCUCAACUCCAUUCCCAACAACGGCCUCAUCCACUUCUACGGCCUGAUGGCCUCUGAGUACCUCCUCCCCACCAGCCCAGAGGCCAUCGCCGAUAUCCAUCUCAAGCAUGUGGCCGAUUUUGAAAAAACAGCGACCUUCCGCCACUGGACGGUGGAAUUCCUCGGGCACAGUCUGCUGACCCAAGAACGAGACGUGCAUAAACACCGUCGACCGAUCUUCCUGUCCAUGAUGCAUCCGACCCGUGUGGAGGGGAUGAAGCCGAUGAUGUCAUCCAAGGUGAAGCAGGCUAUCGGGCAUCUGCAGUAUAAAGAUACGUCUGGGGUUGCUGUCCGCGACUGGACAGGCCUGGUAGUCAUCGAUAUCACGUGCUACUUUGCAAUGGGCAUUGAUUUGAAUAUGGUUAAUGGGGAGAAUAUGGAUAUUCAUGAUGUGGUCUCGCCUAUCCUCGAGGGAAACCCGCGCCAGAAAGCAAACUUUCGAUGGCACAUGGGGAUGCCGAGAAUAGUGCGCAGGUGGGUUCCGAGGAAGAUGGACGGUGAGAUGAAAGACGCAUACGCUGCCUACUACGCCGUCAUGAGCAGAGUCAUCUCACAGAGAAGGGAAAAGAGUGAUGGAAAGGAUUUUCUCUCUGAAUUCCUCCGUUCGGGCCAAUAUACCCACGAGGAAGCCGUUUCGCAGCUGUUUGUCAUUCUGGCUGGAGCACUGGAAAACAUCGCCAGCGUCGUCUCCUGGACUCUCUAUCUCCUCGCCACCCACCCUCACAUCCAACACACCCUCCGGCAAGACCUGCUCUCCAACCCCGGCGAACAAACCUACGACACCCUCCCCCUCCUCCACGGCGUCGUCAACGAAGCCCUUCGCCUAUACACCCCCCUCCCCAUGACCGUCCGCAAAGCCAUCCGCGACACCACCGUCUGCAACCAGUUCGUCCCCCAGGGCACCUACGUGACCACCUGCGCCCGCGCCAUCAACCGCGCCCACCACCUCUGGGGCCUUGACGCCGAAUCCUUCAACCCAGAACGCUGGAUCGACCGGUCCACCCCGGAGAAGCCAAAGAUCGACACGCUCGGCGGGGCCACAUCGAGUAUCGCCAUGCUGUCAUUCCUGUACGGGACGAGAAGCUGUCCCGCCCGUCCGUUUUCCGUACCGGUCGCGAGACGGCUGGUCGCCGGUGUCGUGGAAAAGUUUCACAUCGAGUAUCUCGGGGACAAGACACCGCAACCAGUCGGGUUCGUUACGUCUCGACCGCCGGUGGAUUUGAAGUUGCGGCUGUCGUGUAUUUCUCCUGUUUGAUGGUGGACUAGCGGUGUUGGGUGGCUAUUUCUGCAUUGGGAGGGUUGCAUUAUGUUUACCUUGCGUAUGCAUGGUGAUGUUGCAUUUCAUUUCUUGUUUUCUACAGUGUUUUUCUUUUUUUGUAUACUUUCUGUUCGUGUAUGCUGUGAAUAGUACAAAUAGUCAAUAAAUGCAUUGUUGUGAAACUGUCUGUGUUACCGGUCAGCUGGUUAUUGGCUUGGACUCGGUCAGUCUCGUGCAGUCUUAUGCCCUGUUCCUCGGGAAUCAAUUUUGAGCCAUUAAUCCGGCAUUUUCAAC